AUCCUGAUGAUGUGCUGUGACCGUUCAUGAGUAUUCGUGAAACAGGUGUUGCUAAGCUGAUAUUCGUCAGAAUGGCUCUUCCUCUUCCUCUGAUCUUUCUGCUCAUGAUUCACAGGGUUUCUAGUGCUGAUUGGGGUGUGAGUUACAGUCAUUCACACAUCUGUGCACUAAAGAACUCAUCAGUGAUAAUGAGCUGCACUUAUACAUACCCUACUGGAUAUCAGAUCAUGAAUGUGUUUUGGACCAAAAGCCCUAUAAAAGUGGGUGAAGAGUAUCCAGAUCUGUCUGAGGACCCUGAAUACAGUCAGAGGCUUCAGUAUCUGGGAGAUAAACAGCAGAACUGCACCAUCAGACUGAAUCAUGUGACACAGAAAGAUUCACACAUGUACUAUUUCAGAUUCACAACAAAUGUAACGGAAGGAAGAUGGACUGGUCAUCCAGGAGUGUCUCUUAUUGUCACAGAUCUUCAGGUGGAGUCUCCUGAGAGAGUGACAGAAGGAGAUUCAGUCCGUCUGACAUGUAAAAGCAGCUGCACUCUGACUGACAGAGCAACAUUCAUCUGGUACAGAAACUCACAGCCAUUAACUGAGAGAAGAGACAGAAACAAUGAACUCCUGCUGCAGUCAGUCAGAAGAGAGGAUGCAGGCAGAUAUAGCUGUGCUCUACAUGGACACACUUACAUCUCUCCUGCUGUUCAUCUCAAUGUCAUGUAUGCACCAAAGAGUGUCUCAGUGUCCAUUAGACCAUCUGCUGAAAUAGUGGAAGGUGAUUCAGUGACUCUGAUCUGCAGCAGUGAUUCAAACCCACCUGCUCUGAACUUCAGCUGGUUUAAGGAGGAUGAAUCCUCAUCUGUUGGAUCUGGACAGAGUUUCAGUGCACUACAGAGUGGACGCUUCUACUGUGAGGCUCACAAUCAACAUGGAUCUCAGAGAUCAGAUGCUGUUACUGUCACUGUUAAAGGACGUCUGGUGAUAUUGUACAUGUCCAUUGGAGUGGUUUGUGGAGCUGCAGUUAUCAUCACAAUGUUGCUGAUUUUGUAAGACUUGUGUAGUAUUUGAUUGCAGGUUCUUAACCUAAUUUAUAACUUAUAUAGUAAAAGGAAAAAUCUAAUUGUAACUUUCUACAAAUUUUGUUAAAAAUAUCUUUUUCAUCUGAGAAAUCAAAUGGAAUUAAAUGAGAACAACGGCAGGUUGAACAAUUAAAUAUUAUAGAAAUGCAUUUGAGUCCAGUAUUUUUUACUAUAGCAUAUUAAUUUUCUACUUUUUUGUGUAACAUAUUCACUUCUUUUAAGGAGAAGCAGAAUGAAAAAGAGAAAAGACACACUCAAAACUCAGGUGAGAAAAAUGAGUUUAGUAACCAAUAGUCUCAUCAGUAAAUUAACUAGUAACCAAGGGACUAAAA